GGGAAGCUUUGGCUUCCACCAGAAUCAGGUCCUUUUCUGCACUUAUGGCAAUAGAGCCAUGAUGACCAAGAGAGGAGGGGUCAUCGUCCAGAACCACCCAUCAUCGCCCUGUGUGUUGAUUUGCUCCGCGACCGGCGGCAGCGGCAGCGAUGACACGCUGGUGAUCGGCCUGGCCGCCGACUCCGGGUGCGGGAAGAGCACCUUCAUGAGGAGGCUGACAAGCGUGUUCGGAGGGGGGGCCGGGCCCCCCAAGGGCGGGAACCCGGACUCCAACACCCUCAUUAGUGACACGACGACUGUGAUAUGCCUGGAUGACUACCACGCCCUGGACAGGACAGGGAGGAAGGAGAAGGGUGUCACUGCGCUCGACCCGCGGGCCAAUGACUUUGACCUGAUGUACGAGCAGGUCAAGGCGCUCAAGGAAGGCAAGGCAGUCGAGAAGCCCAUCUACAACCACAUUACCGGCCACCUCGACCCGCCAGAGCUCAUCGUGCCGCCCAAGAUCCUUGUCAUCGAGGGUUUGCACCCAAUGUUUGACCCACGAGUGAGGGACUUGCUGGACUUCAGUAUUUACUUGGACAUAAGCAAUGAUGUCAAGUUUGCUUGGAAGAUUCAGAGGGACAUGGCUGAGAGAGGACACAGUCUUGAAAGCAUCAAAGCUAGCAUUGAGGCCAGAAAGCCAGACUUUGAUGCUUACAUAGAUCCACAAAAGCAAUACGCAGAUGCAGUGAUCGAAGUGUUGCUGACCCAGCUCAUUCCUGACGACAACGAAGGGAAGGUGUUGAGAGUGAAACUGAUAAUGAAGGAAGGAGUGAAGUACUUCAAACCAGUUUACCUCUUCGAUGAGGGCUCAACAAUCUCGUGGGUUCCUUGUGGAAGGAAACUCACCUGCUCUUACCCUGGCAUCAACUUCUUCUACAGCCCUGACACUUAUUUUGGUCAUGAGGUGUCUGUGUUGGAGAUGGAUGGGCAAUUUGACCGACUAAAUGAGCUGAUAUAUGUGGAGAGCCAUCUCAGCAACCUCUCCACCAAGUUCUAUGGAGAGAUCACCCAGCAAAUGCUCAAGCACUCUGAUUUCCCUGGGAGCAACAAUGGCACAGGCCUCUUCCAAACCAUCAUUGGCUUGAAGAUCAGAGACCUCUUGGAACAAAUAGUUGCCACCAAAACUGGUGCUCCAUUGGAAGCAGCAAAAGCUUGAAACUUUCUACAUGGCAGGAAAAACAAAAACCACCCGUAUUGAUCUUAGUCCCUCAUGCCCUAUUUUCUCCUUUACUAUUUUUCUCUUGUUUUUUUUUUUUUUUUCAUCUCUACUUCAUCACCCAAUUUGUUUUUCCUUCACGCUUCAACAAGAGUAGAGGGGAGUGCUCAGCAUGUAUAUACUUUUCCCCGUGUAAUUUCAAUCCAAUUUGUAACAUAGAGGAAUGAUAGCAGAAAAUCGUAUUUAAUUACAAAA